UCAGAUUAUCAGUUCCAGUCCUGGUCUCCUUCCUCAGAACAUCUUCUGACACCCCAGACUGAACUCAUGAUCCCUUUCAUCAAAUCCAACUCCACUUGAGUUGUAGCAAAGCCAGUCAGAUGCCGAUCCUUCCUUCCUCUUACUGCAGAGCUGCUGCUCGUCUCCAUUUUUCUUCUGGUCCUCGGGAGGAGAUUGUCUACCUGCCCUGUAUCUACCGCAACACAGACAUCCAGAAACCAGACUACCUUGCUACUGUCGACGUGGAUCCAAAAUCCCCCACCUACUGCCAGGUGAUCCACCGGCUGCCGAUGCCGAACCUUCGUGACGAGCUGCAUCACUCGGGCUGGAACGCCUGCAGCAGCUGCUUUGGAGACGCCUCCAAGAAGAGGAACCGCUUGAUUCUGCCGUCGCUCAUCUCGUCCAGAAUCUACGUGGUCGAUGUGGGGACAAAUCCCAGGGCGCCGCAGUUACACAAGAUGGUGGAACCUGUGGAUGUGUACUGGAAGUGCGGUCUGGCCAACCCUCACACCUCCCACUGUCUGGCCAAUGGUCAGAUCAUGAUCAGCUGCAUGGGAGACCCGUAUGGCAAUGGCAAGGGUGGGUUCAUCCUGCUGGAUGGUGAGACAUUUGAGGUGGUCGGUAACUGGGAGCUCCCGGGUGAAGCUGUGCCCUUUGGGUAUGACUUCUGGUACCAACCGCGACACAACGUGAUGAUCAGCACCGAAUGGGGGGCACCUAAAUUUCUGGCUGAUGGAUUUAAUCCAGCUCACGUCAUAGAAGGUCACUACGGCAGAUCCAUCCAUGUCUGGGACUGGACCACCCACAGGAAGCUGCAGACAAUUGAUCUGGGUGAAGAGGGUACUAUUCCUCUGGAGGUGCGAUUCCUCCACGACCCCAGCGCCACUGAGGGCUACGUGGGAUGUGCCCUGCAAGGAACAGUCUUCAGAUUCUUCAAAACAGAAAAAAGUGACUGGGCUGCAGAGAAGGUGAUCAGUGUUCCCAGUAAGAAGGUGGAGGGAUGGAUGCUGCCUGAGAUGUCUGGUCUGAUCACAGACAUCUUGAUCUCACUGGAUGACCGUUUUCUCUACUUCAGUAACUGGCUGCAUGGCGACAUCAGACAGUAUGACAUCACAGACAGGAGGAACCCCCGAAUGGUUGGACAGGUGUUUCUGGGAGGAAGUAUUGUCAGUGAUGGGCCAGUUAAAGUCCUGGAGGACCCUGAGAACCAGCCACAACCCCCUCCAUGCAUCAUCAAGGGGAGGCGUGUCUAUGGAGGGCCUCAGAUGUUGCAGCUGAGUUUGGAUGGUCGGAGACUUUAUGUGACGACGUCUCUGUACAGUGCUUGGGACAAACAGUUUUACCCCGAUAUGGUCAAAAAGGGCUCGCUCAUGAUGCAGAUCGAUGUGAACUCUGUGAGUGGAGGUCUGUCCCUGAACAAGAAAUUCCUGGUGGAUUUCGGUAAAGAACCUGAUGGUCCGGUUCUGGCCCAUGAGUUGCGAUAUCCAGGAGGGGACUGUACGUCUGACAUCUGGCUGUGAAGAUGUCGCAUCAGUGAUUUCUGUGGCUGCAAAUGCCCAGACAGGAUAUUCACCCUACACUUACAUCAUCUUUUCAUUUAGUUUCUUCUCACAGUCACUUCCUGCUCUGUCAAGUUUCUUUUUCCUAACAAAUCAACUGUCAGCCUGCAUCUGAUCAGAUCAGACUCACGUGUCUCACCAUUACCUGUCGCUCUCCUGCAAUGUAAACACAACUGAUGUUUAAAUAAAGUUUAGGUUGAUCGGUCA